CACAUAGCGGAGGCAGCAAGCAGCCUGAGCAAAGAGUGAGCCUACUCUGUCAUUUAGGAUGACUCACAGGGAAUUGGCAUUAAUUCCUCUCUUUCUUGUAGUGGACGGAGCGCAACCCCAAAGCUACACUGGACCAGAUCAAGGGGAAGGUGGCAAGACUGAUGACGAAAAACGCAGAGUGAAAUAGCUGGAAGUCCAUCUCCUGGGAAGGUCUGGAUGGCAGAACCACCGUGUAAUGCUGCUGUAAAGAAAUGUAAAGAAACUAUGCCCCAGACACCAGUAUUUACCAGCAUGCUUGGUUCCGGAUGUAGUGGGCAGGUCCAGCCAGAUACAGGAGAGAGAAGUGGAGAUCCCGUUUAUCAGGAUGGGAGCCUUAUUUCUGGAUCGUUGGAGGCCCUGAUUGAGCGCCUAGUACCUACUACUGACUAUUAUCCAGAUAAGACCUAUAUCUUCACCUUCCUGCUAAGUUCCAGAGUCUUCAUUCAUCCCUAUGAGCUCCUAGCUAAAGUGGGGCAAAUCUGCCUUAAACAGAAGCAGCAACUGGAGACUGGAGCUGAGGUAGACAAGGCAAAGUUGAAGUCCUUUGCUGCCAAGAUUAUUCAGCUCCUCAAAGAAUGGACUGAAACAUUCCCUUAUGACUUCCAGGAUGAGAAGUCUAUGAAAGAGCUCAAGGAAAUUGCUCACAGGAUCACACAGUGUGACGAGGGACGGAUUCCCCGCUAUACAGGCAGUGAAAAUGGCCACCGUAUGGAGGAUCUUCGCUGGACGGAGAAUGGAACUGUCAAGAAGAUCAUUAGCCAGAUGACUCAAAAUCUGCUGAUGACCCUUGCUGCACGUAAUCAGUACCAGGAGAUUCGAGAGAAGUUCCGCCAGCCUGUGACCGACAAAGGCACAAUCCUGAAAACUAAACCUCAGUCAUCGCAGAAGGACAUCUUGAGUGUCUGCUGUGACCCACUUGUUCUGGCACAGCAACUAACGCACAUUGAGCUGGAGAGAGUGAGCAACAUUUAUCCUGAAGAUCUCAUGCAGAUAGUCAGCCACAUGGACUCCCUGGAUAAUCACAAGUGCCGAGGUGAUGUUACCAAAACCUACAAUCUGGAGGCCUAUGACAACUGGUUUAAUUGUCUCAGCAUGUUGGUGGCGACAGAGAUUUGUAAGGUGGUGAAGAAGAAGCAGCGAACAAGAAUAGUGGAAUUUUUUAUUGACGUGGCCAGAGAGUGCUUCAACAUUGGAAACUUUAAUUCAAUGAUGGCCAUUAUCUCGGGUAUGAACUUAAGUCCUGUAGCCCGGCUAAAGAAAACGUGGUCCAAAGUCAAAACCGCCAAAUUUGAUGUGUUAGAGCAUCACAUGGACCCGUCCAGCAACUUUUGUAAUUAUCGCACUGCCCUUCAAGGAGCAGCACAGCGAUCCCAGACAGCACACAGCAGCCGGGAGAAAAUCGUCAUCCCUGUUUUCAACCUUUUCAUUAAAGAUAUCUACUUCCUACACAAAAUACACACCAACCAUUUGCCCAAUGGGCAGAUAAACUUCAAGAAGUUCUGGGAAAUUUCGAGGCAAAUCCAUGACUUUAACACAUGGAAGCAGGUUGACUGUCCUUUUGAGAAGGACAGGAAAAUUCAGAGUUAUCUGCUCACCGCACCUAUUUAUAGUGAAGAAGCUUUGUUUAUUGCAUCUUUUGAAAGUGAAGGUCCAGAAAACCAUAUGGAAAAAGACAGCUGGAAGACACUGAGGACAACUCUGCUCAACAGAGCCUGAGAUUUUGGACUUUUGCAGAUUCUAAAGCACACCCUAAGAACAUUGUUUUUAAAUCCAGAAUGACAUGGUUUGAGAAAGGAAGACCUCACUGGUUGGGGUCUGUUUUGUAUAUACAAUAUCUUUUAUGAACUUCAAAAGAGAAAAAAAAUCUGCUAAAUAUUCCACAUCAACCUUAAGGCACUUAAAAAUGAAGGAUUUUUUUAAAGUUGAUGAAAUCAAGGGCAGGGCCCUGUGAAAUGGACUGUGGGGAUGGAAUCAUGAUGAUAUCUUCUUCAAAUGACAUCCAGAUCUUUAUUUUCAUGUUUGAUUUCUUCCACCUGAUACAUGCGCACUUCAGAUGGACUACAAGUUCAGUGCUCCACCUUGCCUUGAUCCACCCAACACUUACUGAAAAAUAAAUUCCAUCACAUGAGUUGAUGCAUUUGGAAAAUCAGUAAGGUUUCUAAAGACCUAAGAAACACAAGGACAUUUUCCAACAUUGGCAGAGAUUUGCCAUGGUUGACAACUACACUACUGAUGCUAAAGCAGAGAGCCCUAGUCAAACUGCCAUCCCAUUUGGGUCAUCUGAUACUUUGAAAACCUUGCUUCUUUUGCUCCCUUACUGCUGCAGAAAAGAAGGUGAGGGCAAAACCAGCUUUCUAGCUGCAUCUCAUUGUUCCUUUAUCAUAUUUGAUGAAGGAUACAUUUUUCUCUGAGAGCUUAUGUUAUGAUACAUUUUUUAGUCUUCAAGGUGCCACAUGUUUCUGUUUUGCUACAAUAUAUAUUUUACACUGCUACUAUUCUAGAAUUUAUCCACAUUGUUCUUGGCAUCCCUCUUUUUCUUUUUUGAAACUGCCUUCCUUGCAUCAUUGACUUGUAAGCUCUUGAAAACUGUGCAUACAGGGCUUUUUUAUACAGUCAGGAGAAUUAACCACUAAAGCUUUACCUGGCCAAUCCACCAUGGAUGUUAAGGGAUGGCAUUUGUUUGAAUGUUUACGUAAGGAGAAAAAUAACAUUAUGGAGAACACAAGCCCUUAAUAUGUAAAUUUGAAUGGCUUGACUCUUAAAAUAAAUUAACCUACACAUUUUCACAGCUCAUGGCCCUCAAAAAUCCUGUGUGGUAGAACUCUCCAGAAAAAUGUGGGCUGGGAUGUAAUAGGCUGCUGGCGGAAUCAAAUCAAAUUGCACCCAGAUCAUAAGAUAGGUUAAUAUAAAAGAGCAUGGAAGAGAAAGGUUUCAUGUUCCCUCAUACACAGAAGGCCCUGUACAUUUCUUAUAUUUUGCAGGAGCUCUACUACCACCCCCUUUCAGGAGAAGCCUUUGUGGGCCAUCAGAGAGUAUGUGACAGGGAGGAAAUUUUUCUGGUCUUCUCUAUGUCAAUUCUUCUUUGUAUCCAAGACACUAUGAGUUAAUUAUCAUGGGGCACAUUCAAACAUAUAGGGCUAAAUUCAGCUACCAGUCCCAACUUCAGUAGACCUAUUGAUUCAGUGGGAUUUACAUAAGUAUUUAUUUAACAUGUCCCCUCCAUUUGUCUCUACUGUAGCUGUGACUACUAGUUAGAUUUAGCCUGAGAUGCUAUCACCUGUAGCUUGAAGACAUUCAGCCUAGGUCAAAUGUCCACAUUCCGUUUUGCCAGUUGUCGAAACUGGCUCUCAGUUGCAACUAACCAACUGCCCCAGUUCAGCACAAGGAUUCCAUGUUUCCUUCAGACUGGCCUUAAAAACACUAGCCGCAAGGCUGCUUCCCUCUUACAUCAGAGAAUAGUGCCUUAACGAGGUACUGAAAUCGUUUAGCGUACCUUCUGCAACUCUGGGUUGGAAGCAAGCAAAAUAAAAAUGUGGAUGUCUGUGAAAACCAGCUAUAGCUUUGUAAAUAAACUGGAUGAUAUGGCACAUGAACUAGAGUAUACCUGUCUGUAUAUCAAUAAUGGUGCAGCAGAACUUAUUUUUGUUAUAAGGUUUGACAAGGUAAAAUUGAACAAUAGCUAAAUAUUUCUUCUCUCCUUCCAACCUUCCCCUGGAGUUUUACUAGUUCUGAGAACUCUUUAGUUUACAUGUACAUUUUGUUUAUCAGGGAUUUUAAAUGCAAAUGGGGCAAGAUUUUUGUCCUAGUUUCCGUGAAAUAUUAGCCAAAAUCCUAUUGCUUAAUGCAAGUCAAAUUGUAACUUCCCUUUCCAUAAAGCAUUGUUGAAAUGCUUGUGCAGACUAACAUAGCUAUGAUUUCAAAAACUAUAUCCAGAAACAAAUUGUACCUUAAGCAGUUCUAGCACAGACACAUGUGCCCCCAAGUAUUUUAACUGUUUGUUCAGCAGGGAGAAACAGUUAUGAUAUGGUUUCCAAUAAGCAACAGGAUUUCAGCCGGUAAUACUGAAGUUAAACUGGUUGGUGUCAACUAUAAUGUCACAACAGAAGCUUACGUGGAUGUUUUUGAAAGAAACGUGACUGACGUAAGGUGUGGUUGGUGAUCAGUUUAAGGGUUAGCCUAUCAUCCAGCAAGAGUUUAUAGAUUUGAGGAAAGGUUGCUGCCUCUAUGCUUCUCUCAUUGAUAGGCAAAUAGGCAGGUGUCAGGUUGAAUCACGUGAUAUAAAAGCAAUUUCUCGCAAUCAAGUUAUGGUGAAAAAAAUAUUAGCGAUAAAAUUGAUAAGGUGAACUUGCCCUUCAGUAUCUUAAAUCUUCAUGAAAUGUUGCUGUUACAGAAUUGUUGGGGUAAAAAGUUUUCAAAAUUUAUUCAGGCUAUCCACCAUAUUUUGAUUACAGCUGGAUAGUCCGUAAUUUCAAAUUGUUAUGAAUUUACGUGCUUCUCUUGAUAAUUUAUUACAUUGGUUUGGAAAAGUGUUUUCUAAUCAGUCAUUGUUUCUUGAUAUUUUUAUUCCUCACUGCUAAGAGCUGUACUAUUUUCCUUUCGGCUCACUGAACAAAUGAAUCACUAGUCACACACAUGUGCUACAUCUCUUGAUUAUACAAGUAGCAUCAGAUUGUGUUAUACAAGUAGCAUCAGAUUGUGUGAAGUGACUUGCAUUGCAAAGCGUUGUAUAGAAGAGGUUCAGAUUCCAUUUUUAAGCCAGCAACAUCAUAUGUGAAUCAGCCAGUACCAGUGGACCCACCACCCUUCUCAGAACAACCAAAUUUAUUGCAUAGAAUUGAAUGACCUGGUAGUAAAGACAGCUUUAGUACAUUUAGCCAAAUCAACAUAAGAUGAUUAAACAAACCCUAUAGACCACAAUUAGUAACAUAGUAUAAAAUCAGUGAAGCUAGACGGUUUUAAAAUGUCUUUCGGUACAUGGCUGAUUCACUGUAUGAAUUGUAUUUAGACUCCAGGUUUCUCAUUUAUUUAAAAAUUAGCAUAUUCUUACCAUCCAGCUUCCUUUGAAUUAACUUUUAAAUCAAGAGACAAAAAACAAACAUCACUGAGCACUAGGCUGAAAAGGACCUGUAGAUAAAUUGAUAUUUAUACAUUCCUCUAUACUGUACUUUCUGAUUUCCUCAAUGAUAGUUCUCAUUGAGAAAAUUAGAAACUGUAUGGGAAUAUAUAAAACCCAAGUGGGCCGUUAAUACGCUGUGAUAUUUGCAAGUUUAUUGUCCAAAAGAUAGCACCCAAAGGCAAAACAUAACAAAGGAGCAUUCCAAACUUCCCCUGAUUUCUAGUAAAUAUAUUUUAUCUGGAAAGAUAUCCAUAUGGUUUAUUGAACAGCAAAUGUGCUUUCCUAAAACAUUUUCUGUUACCAUUAAGAUUGAUCAGAGAACAAGGCAAAAUAAAUGAACUAAACUGGAGUUAAUUUAUAGAAAUUAAAAGAAGAAAUAGAAAUACUUCAUAUUAACAGAAAGACAGCCCCACAGUGAGAGAGAAUUAAUUAGUGGCUUUGUUUAUUUGUGAUCUGCUGCUAUUUUUUCCCCAUGCUGAAGCAUUGAUUUUCAGCCCUGGAGUAAAGAGAAUAUUUAUACUGUAUUAUUACAGUGGUUUUUUGCACUUUCAGAGAUGUCCUGACUAGCAGCAUUGUCAAACACUAUGAAUGGGACUGUAUAUCAGCUUUGUUAAUGUAUUUGAAAUUUGCAAAGGGAUGCUUUAAAUUUAAGAGAUAUAUUUGAAAUGGAGUUCUGGAACACUUUUUUUCUAUGCAUAUUUAAGAUUUUUUUUUUUAAAAAAAAAGCUUUUACAUGAAUGUGCACUCCAGUGGUCAAUUGGUUCUAGUAUAUACUUGAAAAAGUGCCAUUUCUUCAUGGAUUUUUGUUGUUAUUAUUUUCUUUGAUUUGACACAUUCCUUCAACAACUGCGUUCUGUUAUUCAAAGCUGAAUUGCUUCAUAUAAAGCUGUACCAUAAAGCAGGAUAUUCUGUGUUUGAACUUGAUGUGCUUGCAUUAAUAAAACUGAAAUUGCUUCAACCAGG